AUCAUCAUCAUCAUCAUCAUCUCGUUCUCUCUCUCUCUCUCUCUGUCUAGAGGAUCUUCAAUGGCUAUUGUGGCGAUCGGAGUCAACUCCCCGGCGUUCUCGCCGUCGACAUUUUCCAAGGCACCCUCCUUCUGCUCUCCUCUCAGCAUCACGCCUCCUCCCUUGUCGCCACCAUUGCCCGUGCCGUCACGUGUAGAACCGGCGGCCGAGGAGAAAGAGAGCUCGGCGCUGAGCAAGAAGAGGCCCGCCAGGCUCUCGAUUCCGACGUUAGGAUUGGCGGGCUUUGGCGAGGUCAAGGCGUGCAAGGUCGGGGUGGAGGAGGUGGAGGUGCGGGAAGAUACGUAUGGGGUGUAUUCCAAGAGAGGGAAGAGGGGCCACCUGCAGGAUCGGUUCUCCGCCGUUGCUGGAAUUCAAGGCGAUUCCAAGCAGGCCUUCUUUGGGGUAUUUGAUGGUCACGGAGGAGCGAACGCCGCUGAAUUUGCAGCGAAAAACAUGGACAAGAACAUCCUGCAACAUAUGGCUGGAAAAGGCAAUUCGAGUAUCGACGAGGCUGUCAGAGCUGCUUACCUCAAAACGGAUGCGGAUUUCAUGCUCGAAAAUGCUAGCGGUGGCACCUGCUGUGUCUCUGCAUGGAUCCGGAAAGGUCAACUCGUCGUGUCGAAUGCUGGCGACUGUCGUGCUGUUAUGAGCAGAGAAGGAACUGCAGAGGCCCUUACUACCGAUCACCGUCCUUCGCUGGAAAGCGAAAGGGAGAGAAUUGAGGCCCAGGGUGCCUAUGUAGAUUGCUGUCGUGGCGUCUGGAGAAUACAAGGUUCACUUGCCGUAUCGAGAAGCAUCGGAGAUCAGCAUCUUAAACGUUGGGUAAUAGCAGACCCAGAAACGAAAACCCUACAAAUUACGCCAGAUUGUGAAUUUGUAGUCCUAGCUUCUGAUGGUCUUUGGGACAAGGUCACAAAUCAGGAGGCUGUCAAUUUAGUUCGCGCUACAAACAUCGAUGCCAAUUUGCAUGAUCCCUCCUUGGCCUGUAAAAAGCUCGCCGAGUUGUCGAUGAGGAGAGGAUCCACCGAUGAUAUAACUGUCCUAGUAAUCGAUCUGCGCCGUUUUAUCUCGUGAGCUGUAGCCUGUAGAGAAUGCACCCAGAGAAAGAAGACCCUCCGGCGUGAAGUUAGACUGCUACACCUCUGGGGACAUCCACCAUCGAAACCAAGCUCUCGGCUACUUACUCAUUCUAGCCAUCUCUUAUUAUGUAAAUGGAUCUGACAAUCAGAUAGAACCAGAGAAAUAGAAUAGUUCGGAGUCUGUUCAACUGCUAUGCAAGUGUUACUGAUGAUGUUGGAACUAGCCGAUUCCCAUCCCAGAUGAUUAGUCAAUCUCUUGACUGUAAUUGUAAAUUGUAACCUUUUCCCUGCUAAGAAUUCUCAUACUUUGGAUUC